AUGGGAAGCUUUCAGAGCCAGACCUCCCCAGAUUGCACCGCUUUCAUUGAAGAGAAGAUACAUGCAAAAAAAGUUGUUAUGUUUGUCAAGCCGUACUGCCCAAAUUGCAAAUCCGCGAUAAGCCUUUUUCGCGAUCUCAUUGGCACCUCCAUCACGGAAGCUGAUCUGGACGUAGUGGAUAUCAGUAACAAUCCAAGGUGCUCCGAAAUUCAGGAUGCACUCAAGGCACUGACGGGUGCGCGAACUGUACCCCGAAUAUUCAUUAACGGGAAGUCACUGGGCGGCUUUGAUGAAGCACAAAGGGCACAGAAAGCCGGAAAAUUGCAUACUCUUUUGGAAUCUUAG